GUACUACAAGGAAUGGAAGCAGCAGCAACAGAAGCUUCCAUCUACACCGCUCAUUGUGGAGGCAGAUGAGGUGCAGCGGCCUCCAAGACAGGUGGAGGUUGCAGUGUCUGAAGAGGAGAUGUCUGGGGUGACUGAGGAAGGGGGAGCAGCUGAAGUAGAGCAGCAGCAGCAGCAGCAGCAUGAGCACAAGUAUGGACCUGAAGGGGAGCUGACCCGCUACAAGUCUAGGCUUGUGGCAAAGGGGUUUCAGCAGACAAAGGGGAAGGACUAUGAUGAGGUGUUUGCUCCUGUGGGGAAAGGAACAACAUUGAGGGUGCUAUUGGCGAUGGCUGCACUCCUGGGAUGGAAGAUACGGCAGAUGGACAUUGUGACUGCCUUUCUGAAUGGGAUCAUUCUGGAGGAGGUGUACAUGAAGCAGCCAGAGGGGCUGGAUGAUGGGAGCGGCAGGGAGAAGGAUGAAAUCCUCAUGCUCUUGGUGUAUGUGGAUGAUAUCCUUCUCUUCUCUGCAUCAACUGCUUUGCUGGACAGCGCAGAGCAGAUGCUGGAGAUGCAGUUCAAGUGCUCCAAGAUGGGUGAGGUAGUGGGUGAGAGUGACAGGAAGCUGUUUCAUUCGAUGGUUGGGUCGCUGAACUAUGCUGCAAAUCAUACACGGCCUGACAUUGCAUUUGCUACAUCACGAAUUUCGGAUUUAUAUUUUGAGUAAUUCUAGCUCCUAAGUUCACCUAGACUCCGUCCUUAAUCCUAACAAGUGGUAUCAGAGCGAUAUUAAGGACAUUGAGAGGAGUCUACAGAAGUUUGAAGACCCUUCUAGACCCACCAUGGCCUGUGGGUGUGCCUAAGUGGUGUUCUAAA